GUCUGCCAAAGAACAAAACUGUGCAAGUUGGAGAUAAUGCAACAUUAACCUGUAUUGUUUGGGUUAGUGGAACUCUCCCAGAUUUCAGAUUGCUUAAAUGGAACAAAUCCGUCAAUUCUAUUCCGAAAACUUACAAUGAAAUUUUAAAUGGAUCAUAUCGCCUUGUAGACCCAUACUAUUACAAGACCGUUCAAGUGAAAAAUAAUUAUGGUGUUGAGGUGACUAUUGUAAAUGUGACUGAGGACGAUUUUGGACUCUACACUUGCUUUGUGAGCAAUCAUAGACGGAAGCCACAAAACCAACAGAACAACCAUCUUCACCUGAGAAGAUCACAGCAUUUCUCACGAAAAAAGAAAAACCACCUCAAACUGGCCUAAUUAUCGUCAUCCUUCUGUCAGUUUUCUUUUUAAUAGCUAUUAUAGUAAUCGUCGUGUUUGUUUUCUGUUAUCGCAAGAGACUAAAGGAGAAAUUCCCUAAAGGUUCAAAUUCUCAAAAGGAAAUAACUCUACAAAAUAUAGAGGCAAGAAGAGCGUCGUUACACCUUUUAUCGUCAGAACCUAACACACCCAAUCAAACCGAUGGAAUAACUAGAACGUUAAAUUAUGCAGCUCCAAGGAGGAGAUUUAGUUCCAAUGGAUCAACCACUUCUACAGCACCUUUAAUAAGAUGCAGGAAUGGAAGCUAUAGGUCUCGAUUUUCUUCAGGUGUUUCGUCUAGAAUUGAUUCUAACAUCGCUGAAGAGCUCUAUGAGUUGCCUUGCGACGAAGAAUGGGAAAUCGACAGAUCUCAAAUAACGUUAAGAGAACAGCUUGGUGAAGGUGCUUUUGGUUUGGUCAUGCGCGCUGAUGCCGUGGGUUUACCUGACCUGCCUUCCACAUGCUCAGUUGCAGUCAAAAUGCUCAAGGCUGACGCCACUGAGAACGAAUUAGCAGACCUUUUGUCUGAAAUGGAUACAAUGAAGGAAAUUGGAAGACACAAGAACAUUAUCAACUUGAUAGGUGCUUGCACGCAAAACGGCCCUCUGUUUGUCGUUGUCGAGUUUGCACCACACGGGAAUCUUCGACAGUUUCUGAGAGAAAGAAGACCAUCUGAGUAUCAACAACACACACUUAGUCACUCUGGUCCUUCCUUAACUAUGAGGGAUUUCGUCUCAUAUGCUUUCCAAAUAGCGAGGGGAAUGGAGUACUUGGGAACAAGAAAGUGUGUUCAUCGAGACCUUGCUGCCAGAAACAUUCUUGUUGGAGAAGAUUACAUCAUGAAAGUUGCUGACUUUGGUCUGGCAAGAAAUGUGAGAGAUGCGGAGUAUUAUCGGAAAACUACCGAUGGUCGGCUACCAAUAAAAUGGCUCGCCAUCGAGGCAUUGUUUGAUCGAGUUUACACAACACAAAGUGACGUCUGGGCGUUUGGUAUAUUGCUCUGGGAGAUUUUUACCCUCGGUGGUUCUCCAUAUCCAGGAAUACCCAUAGAAAAGUUGUUCGAUCUAUUGAAGUCUGGCUACCGGAUGCAGCAGCCUCAAAAUUGUCCAGAAGAUAUAUAUGAUAUUAUGAUGAAUUGCUGGGAUGAAACCCCCUGCAAACGAAAAUCGUUUACAGAUCUAAGAAAACACUUUGAUGCGAUGUUAUCAAGCAUGACGAGCAAAGAGUAUUUGCAAAUACUGGCUCAGUCCAUUGACGAUCUGGCUCACGACAUGGAAACACCUAUAACGGACGAUUCUGAUGAAAAUACUGGAAUAAUGCCAGAGUCUACAUGCUAGCAGUAAACGACCCUUUCAUAUACUAGAUUGUUAUUACAUCUCGCUCUUUAAUGGCGGUUGCAACUAAAUUUCCACGCCAGAGGAUUAACCAGAAGGGUAUAAUACAAAUAUUAAAGUUAGUUAUGGCGGUAAAAGGAAAAAGGAAGCGGACAAAGAGACAAAAUCAGGACCCAGAAACCAUAAUAUCACAAUACGGGCUAUCACGAAGUUGUUUCAAGCAAGCCGUGGAUGAGAACGCGAAAACACCUGGUUAGCGUGGAGAAAAUGCUGGCUAGAGAAAUAAUUUUUAAGGCCCGGAAUUUAUCAUCUUAUAAUCCACUAAAGUGCUGCAAGGUUACUUUAUCUCCGUUGAAAAACGCGCUUGAGACAUAAAACCACAUCAAAUAAUUAAAUUAACAUCCUGUUUGUACAGGUAACAUGUUCUGGGGAAAAACAACGUUUCGACAUCCAAGUUACUCUCAGGAACAGUCCUGCGUUUCAUAGAGAAUGGCACAAUUUUGUGGUUCUUGAAACGAUUUGGAGGUGAAAUUGUUCAUUCAACUCGAAACCCCCCGUUCUUUGGUGGGUGAAAAGAAACUUGCCUACUGAACAAACUUCGUGCCCUGGACUCCAAUGAGUGGUCAAAAAAUUUUUCUCAGGAAAUAUCCUAUAUUCAGCCACCUUCAGUAGACAACAAAGUAGAAGUUUUUCUAAC